AUGGACAUCCUCUUUGCCCAGAUCCAAGCUGACCUCCGCUCCAACGACGCCCUCCGUCAAUCCGGCGCACUUCUUCAAGCCCUCCAACAAUCCGCCGCCGGUCGCGACAUCGCAGUCAUCGCCAAGUCCGCCGUUGAAGAGAUCGUCGCCGCACCUGCCUCCGCCGUCUGUAAGAAGCUCGCAUUCGAUGUCAUCCGCUCCACACGCUUAACUCCUGAUUUAUGGGACACUGUCUGUACUGGUAUCCGUAACGACUUCCAUUUCCCUGAUCCCGACGUAACUGCCGCUGCUGUUUCAAUUCUCGCCGCGAUCCCUUCUUACCGAUUAGCCAAACUCAUUUCCGAUUGUAACAAAGAGAUCUCUGAUUGUUUCGAUUCCCCAAGCGAUAAUCUCAGAUUCUCCAUCACUGAAACCCUUGGUUGUGUCCUCGCUCGUGACGAUCUCGUCACACUCUGUGAAAACAAUGUCAACCUUCUCGAUCGUGUUUCCGCUUGGUGGGCUCGCAUCGGUGCUAACAUGCUGGACCGAUCUGAUACUGUUUCGAGGGUGGCUUUCGAUUCGGUUGGCAGGCUCUUCCAAGAGUUUGGUACUAAGCGGAUGAGUAAGCUCGCCGGUGAUAAACUAGUUGAUAGCGAAAAUUCACUUGCUAUUCGCUCUAAUUGGGUUUCCUCCAUGGUUGAUUUUGUUUGGAAGAAGCGCAGGGCGCUUAUGGCUCGGUCCUUGAUCUUGCCUGUUGAGAAUUUCCGGGCUACUGUCUUUCCGAUUGUUUAUUCGGUUAAGGCUGUUGCAUCUGGUGGCGUUGAGGUCAUUCGCAAGUUGUCAAAGUCUUCUACUGUUGGCAGUGCUGGUGCUGAGGUUGAUUCUGAUGCUCAGAAAUUGGUUGGUGUUUCGGAUGUGGUUACUCAUUUGGCUCCUUUUUUGGUUUCCUCGUUGGAACCGGCGUUGAUUUAUGAAGUUGGGAUUAAUAUGUUAUAUCUGGCGGAUGUGCCUGGAGGGAAGACAGAAUGGGCAUCACAAUCCACCAUUGCUAUUCUUACGCUGUGGGAUAGGCAGGAAUUUGCUUCUGCUAGAGAGAGUAUUGUUAGGGCUGUUGUCACCAAUCUUCAUCUCCUUGAUCUUAACAUGCAGGUUUCACUUUUCAAGAGGCUACUUUUGAUGGUGAGAAACCUGAGAGCAGAAUCAGAUCGUAUGCAUGCUUUAGCUUGUAUUUGUAGAACAGCUCUUUGUGUUGACUUAUUUGCUAAGGAAAGUGUUCGAAGAGGUCAGAAACCUCUUGCCGGAACUGAUAUUGCUUCCCUUUUUGAGGAUGCCAGAGUGAAUGAUGAUCUUAAGAGCACUACAAGUAAAAAUAUAUUUAGAGAAGAGUUAGUUGCAUCUCUAGUGGAAAGUUGCUUUCAGCUGUCUCUGCCUUUACCUGAACAGAAAAACUCAGGCAUGGAGGGCAGGGUCAUUGGGGCUUUAGCAUACGGAACUGGUUAUGGUGCAUUAAACUGGACAGAACCUUCAUUAGAAGUGGUUGAAGUUUGUCGGCCUUGCGUUAAAUGGGAUUGUGAUGGACGCACCUAUGCAAUUGACUGCUACUUGAAGUUGCUUGUUCGGCUAUGCUGCAUUUACGAUACUAGGGGCGGGGUAAAAAGAGUCAAAGAUGGUGCUUCUCAGGACCAAAUUUUGAACGAGACUAGAUUGCAAAAUUUGCAACGUCAACUUGUGAAGGACUUACGUGAGGUCAAUACACCAAGAAUAUUGGCCCGCCUUAUAUGGGCUAUUGCAGAGCACAUAGAUAUAGAAGGAUUGGAUCCACUCCUAGCAGACGACCCUGAUGAUCCUCUUAAUGUCAUUGUAUCCAAUAUUCAUAAGGUUCUUUUCAAUGUUGAUUCAACUGCAGAUACAACAAAUAGAGUCCAAGAUGUACAGGCAGUUCUUAUAUCUGCUCAAAGAUUAGGAUCACGCCACCCUAGAGCUGGACAGCUACUUUCUAAGGAGCUUGAAGAGUUUAGGACCAAUGCUUUGGCUGAUUCUGUCAGCAAGCACCAGUGCCGUUUAAUAUUGCAAAGAAUCAAAUAUGCUUCAGCUCAUCCUGAUAGUAGGUGGGCUGGUGUUACAGCAGCCAGAGGGGACUAUCCAUUUAGCCACCACAAAUUAACUGUUCAGUUUUAUGAAGCAUCUGCUGCUCAGGAUAGGAAGUUGGAAGGAUUGGUUCACAAAGCUAUUUUAGAGCUAUGGAGACCUGACCCCAGUGAACUAACCCUUUUGCUUACCAAAGGAGUUGAUUCUACUUCACUCAAGGUUCCUCCUACUGCAAAUACUUUAACUGGAAGCAGUGAUCCUUGCUAUGUUGAAGGUUAUCAUUUAGCAGAUUCUAGUGAUGGGAGGAUAACUCUGCAUUUAAAGGUCUUAAAUUUAACCGAGCUUGAAUUAAAUCGGGUGGAUGUUCGAGUGGGUUUAUCUGGUGCAUUAUAUUAUAUGGAUGGUUCUUCUCAAGCAGUGCGGCAGUUGCGUAAUCUUGUUUCACAGGAUCCAGUGCUGUGCAGUGUGACGGUUGGUGUUUCCCACUUUGAAAGAUGUGCCCUUUGGGUUCAAGUGCUGUAUUACCCAUUCUAUGGUAGUGGUGCUGUUGGAGACUAUGAAGGUGACUAUGCUGAGGAGGAUCCUCAAGUCAUGAGACAGAAGAGAAGCUUAAGACCCGAGUUAGGUGAACCCGUGAUUUUGAGAUGUCAACCCUAUAAAAUUCCAUUGACGGAGCUACUUUUACCACACCAGAUAUCACCAGUUGAGUUUUUCCGACUGUGGCCCAGUUUGCCCGCUAUUGUAGAAUACACUGGUACAUAUACAUAUGAAGGGAGUGGCUUUCAGGCUACUGCAGCCCAGCAGUAUGGUGCAUCUCCUUUCUUGAGUGGUCUGAAAUCCUUGUCUUCCAAGCCAUUCCACAAAGUUUGUUCACAUAUUAUCCGUACAGUUGCAGGGUUUCAGUUAUGUUAUGCUGCUAAAACAUGGCAUGGUGGCUUCUUGGGGUUGAUGAUUUUUGGUGCAAGUGAAGUGAGUAGAAAUGUGGAUUUGGGUGAUGAGACGACAACCAUGAUGUGUAAGUUUGUGGUACGAGCAUCUGAUGCAUCUAUUACUAAGGAGAUUGGAUCAGAUCUUCAGGGUUGGUUGGAUGACCUUACUGAUGGUGGGGUGGAAUAUAUGCCUGAAGAUGAGGUGAAAUCAACUGCAGUAGAGAGACUGCGAAUAUCAAUGGAAAGGAUAGCCUUGUUGAAAGCAGCCCAACCACGACCCAAGACUCCAAAAUCCGACGACGAGGAAGAUGAAGAAGAGGAUAAAGACGAAAAGAAGGAUGGCGAUGAAGAUGACAAAAAGAAGGGACCUUCAACGCUAUCCAAAUUAACUGCUGAAGAAGCUGAACAUCAAGCUCUUCAAGCAGCAGUACUACAAGAGUGGCAUAUGCUCUGCAAAGAUAGGAGCACUGAAGUUAACUAA